GGGGCCCUCCGCUGAGAGCUCAGGAGGCAUUGUAACAGAAGAAAAAGUUCACUGGAGCUCUCACAGUCCACCCCACAACAUGACAGCCUGUGCAGGGAAGUGAAGCUCACACCUGAUCACGGACCGGCGGUAUCGGGCACUGAGCGCCAUGCAGAGCCGGGCAGGAAAAGCCCCCAAGCGGGAGAUGGUGAUAGAGUCACCCCAGAAGUACAAGUGCUUGACUGAGAUUGAGGCGGAGGCGGAGGCUGGAUCACAGGUAUCCUUGGUCAAGCCCAAGGUCAUCGACCCCCUGGACUAUGAGAGUGUGAUCAUACAAAACAAAAUGCAUAUAAUGAGUGAUGCUCUGCGGGACAUGCUACAGUUCCCCCUGGAUGACUUUCAGAUCUGCACGCUGAAGCGCCAGGGCCGCACUGUCUUUUCCACUGUGCCAGAAAAUGCAGACCAAGAAACACACUCACUGUUUGUCCAAGAGUGCAUAAAAACAUACAAGUCAGACUGGCAUGUGGUCAAUUACAAGUAUGAAGAAUAUUCUGGGGACUUCCGACAGCUUCCCAAUAAAGUGUUAAGACCCGAGAAGCUGGCCACUCAUCUUUUUGAGGUGGAUGAAGAUGUGGAAAAAGAUGAGGAUGAAGACCCUCUUGGGUCUCACAAGGGAGGAGUGUCUAAACACGGCUGGCUGUACAAAGGCAACAUGAACGGUGCAAUCAGUGUUACUAUGCGAUCCUUCAAGAGAAGAUACUUCCAUCUGGCUCAACUCGGAGAUGGAUCAUACAAUCUAAAUUUCUACAAAGAUGAAAACACCUCCAAGGAACCGAAAGGAACCAUCUUCCUUGACUCAUGCAUGGGGGUCGUUCAGAACAAUAAAGUGAGGAGGUUUGGCUUUGAGCUGAAGAUGCAGGAUAAGAGCACAUUCCUGCUGGCUGCAGAGAGUGAACUGGAGAUGGAGGAAUGGAUCAGUACACUUAACAAAAUUCUCCACAGCAGCUUUGAACAGGCCAUGCAGGAGAAACAUCACAUGGACUUAGAAGAUGAUGAGGAUGACGGAAAAGCCGACCUCUGCUCUGGACGUUUUCAGGACAGUUUCCAGACGGCCAGCAAUAUUGAGUUUAAAACGAGGAGUGAAACCAGGCUGAAGUUGUUUACGUUGGACCCAGACGCACAGAAACUGGAUUUCACUCGCAUUGAGCCAGAUGUGCAUCAGUUUGAGGAGAAAUUCGGGAAAAGGAUCUUGGUCAGCUGUCAUGACUUGCUGUUCAACCUACAGUGCUGCAUUGCAGAGAACGAAGCAGGACCAAUAACCAAUGUGGAACCUUUCUAUGUGGUUCUGUCCCUCUUUGAUGUUCAGAACAGCAGAAAAAUUUCAGCGGAUUUCCACGUGGAUCUCAACCACCCUUCGGUCCGACAAAUGACACCAGGCUCAUCUUGUGGCCACGACUUGCACAUGAACGGUUGUCAGGGUGAGGACCCCUUUGGCCGCCAAAGGCUGGCCAGCGGGUUUCCGGAGACAGCUCUCCAAUACCCCAAGCAGGGGAUCUUUUCAGUCACGUGCCCCCAUCCUGAGAUCUUCCUAGUGGCGAGGAUUGAGAAGGUCCUCCAAGGGGGUAUCACCCAUUGUACUGAACCCUACAUGAAGAGCUCAGACUCUACAAAGGUGGCUCAAAGGGUGCUGAAGAAUGCAAAGACGGCCUGCAGCAGAUUGGGCCGGUACCGAAUGCCGUUCGCCUGGUCUGCAAGGCCCGUAUUCAAAGAUGCAUCGGGAACUUUGGACAAAAACGCUCGCUUCUCGGCUCUUUACCGUCAAGACAGCAGCAAGUUGUCGGAUGACGACAUGUUCAAACUUCUCGCUGACUUUAGAAAACCAGAAAAAAUGGCUAAACUCCCUGUGCUGUUGGGGAACCUGGAUAUAACCAUUGAUUGCGUGGCCCCGGAUGUGACCAAUUGCCUCACUUCCUCCUACAUCCCUUUGAGGAACUUUGACGUAAAUGGGUCAAGCAGCGCCGCUCUGGAGGUGGAGGAAUUUGUACCCACCAUAGCCAAGUGCUCCCAACCCUUUACCAUCUAUAAAAACCAUCUUUAUGUACACCCAAAGCACCUCAAAUAUGAUGGGCAGAAAUCUUUUGCUAAGGCCAGGAAUAUUGCAGUUUGCAUUGAAUUCAAGGAUUCUGACAAAGAAGAAGCCCAGCCGCUAAGGCGCAUCUAUGGUCGUUCUGGAACUUCUCUAUUCACCAAGCAAGCUUACGCAGCUGUUUUGCACCACCACCAGAACCCCGAAUUCUAUGACGAGAUAAAGAUAGAAUUGCCGACUCAGCUGCACCAAAAGCACCACCUUCUUUUCACCUUCUAUCACGUUAGCUGUGACAGCAACAAGAAGAAGAAAGAUGUGGUGGAGACUCCAGUGGGCUCAGCAUGGUGGCCUCUGCUAAGAGAUGGUCGGGUCAACAUGAGUGAACAGCAGCUACCCGUGGCUGCUCAUUUGCCUGCGGGCUACCUCAGUUGCCAGGAUGCUAUCACAAAGCAUUCUACCUUGGACAUCAAGUGGGUUGAUGGAGGAAAGCCGCUGUUCAAAGUCUCAACACAUCUUGUGUCCACAAUUUACACUCAGGAUCAACACUUGCACAACUUCUUCAACCACUGUGAAAGCCUCAAAGUGUCAGAACAAGCAACAGAGGGCGGGCUGGUGAAAUUCCUAAAGAGUCUCCACGCGGUUGAAGGGCAUAUCAUGGUGAACUUUCUUCCCACCAUCCUCAACCAGCUGUUCUGUGUCCUCACCAGCGCCACGCAUGAAGAUGUGGCUGUCAAUGUGACGAGGGUAAUGGUGCACAUUGUAGCGCAAUGCCACGAAGAAGGGCUUGAGCAUUACCUGAGGUCUUAUGUCAAGUUUGUCUUCAAACCAGAGCCGUAUUCCUCCAAUAAUGAAAAGAAUGUUCACGAGGAGGUGACAAAAGCCAUGACAGCAAUUCUGAAGCCAUCCACAGAUUUCCUAACAAGAAACAAGCUACUGAAGCAUUCUUGGUACUUCUUUGAAGCGUUGGUCAAAUCAAUGGCUCAUUAUCUCGCUGAGAGUGGUCGAGUCAAAGUGUCAAGAAAGCAGAAUUUUUCUGCCUCCUUCUACCAUGCUGUUGAGAUCUUGGUCAACAUGCUGAUGCCUCACAUCACACAGAAAUACAAAGACAACCUGGAUGCGGCACGCAAUGCUAAUCACAGCCUAGCAGUUUUCAUUAAGCGCUGCUUCACCUUUAUGGACCGUGGUUUCGUGUUCAAACAGAUCAAUAAUUACACAAACUGCUUCAUACCUGGUGACCCCAAGACUUUGUAUGAGUUUAAGUUUGAGUUUCUGAGAAUUGUGUGCAACCAUGAGCAUUACAUCCCACUCAAUCUUCCCAUGCCACUUGGAAAAGGACGCAUACACAGGUUCCAAGAUUUUCAAUUGGACUACUCACUGACUGAUGACUUCUGUCGAAACCACUUCCUGGUGGGUCUUCUGCUGAGGGAGGUGGGAAGCGCCUUACAAGAGAGCCGAGAAGUCCAGCAGAUCGCCAUCCAGGUUCUGAAGAGACUGAUGGUUAAACACGCAUUUGAUGACCGCUACGCUGCCAAAAGCCAUCAGGCCAGACUUGCCACCCUGUACCUUCCCUUGUUUGGCCUACUACAGGAGAACGCACACAGGCUGGAAAGCAAGGAGUCCAUCCUUCCAAGCCACCACAAUAAACCACGAGAGGACUUACUUGUGCCGAACUCUUUGGUGACCCCCCAAAAGCAUAGCAUCGAUGGUUCUCUUCACAAAGAUGUUUUUGGAGCAACUUCUCCUCACAGCUGCACUCCCAAUGCCAUUCACCUUGCAGACUCCAGAGGUUCCCUGGUCUCCACCGACUCUGACAGCAGCCUGCUGGAAAAGAGUUCCGAGAAGAACCAUUGUGCUCUGGGCAGUGCCGUGCUGCGUUUUGACAAAAUGGACCGAGAUGAGAGCAAAAACCUGCUCAUGUGUUUUCUGCAUGUCCUCAAAAGCAUGUCAGAUGAUGCCCUUUAUGCAUACUGGAACAAAGCAUCAUCGUCCCAGCUAAUGGACUUUUUGACACUACUAGAAGUCUGCCUUCAUCAGUUUAGAUACAUGGGGAAGCGAGUCAUUGUCAGGAGUCACGAAACGGCAAUGUGUCUGAGUCCAGACAGGAAGUCGUUGACUUUGCCCGUGUCUCGAAACAGGGCAGGGAUUCUGCAUGCCCGCUUACAACAGCUUGGGGCAGUGGAGAAUUUGUGCACGCUCAACAACAUGUACUCCCAUACAGAAGCCGAUGUGGCCACCCAAUGUUUACUGGAGGCCAACGUAUCCACAGAGGUGUGUCUGACUGUGCUCGACACGCUGAGCAUUUUCAUCAUGGGAUUCAAGAGCCAGCUGAACUCAGAUCUUGGCCACAACCCACUGAUGAAGAAAGUAUUUGAGGUGCAUCUGUGCUUUCUGCAGAUUGCUCAAUCUGAGGCUGCUCUCAGGCAGGUCUUCAUCUCACUGAGGACUUUUAUCUACAAGUUCCCCUGCGCGUUUUUCGAUGGCCGGGCUGACAUGUGCGCCUCCCUAUGUUAUGAGAUAUUGAAAUGUUGCAACUCCAAACUGAGCUCCCUCCGCAACGCCGCCGCUAAUCUCCUUUACAUCCUCAUGAAAAGCAACUUUGACUACACCGGACGUAAAUCGUUUGUCAGAACCCACCUGCAGGUGGUGAUUGCUGUCAGCCAACUGAUCGCCGAUGUCAUCGGCAUCGGUAGCACGCGCUUCCAGCAGUCUCUGUCUAUUAUUAACAACUGUGCAAAUGGUGAUCAAAGCAUCAAGCACACUGCGUUUCCAUCAGAUGUGAAAGACCUGACCAAACGAAUCAGAACGGUGCUAAUGGCCACCGAGCAAAUGAAGGAGCACGAGAACGACCCGGAGAUGUUGGUGGACCUCCAAUAUAGUUUGGCCAAGUCGUACACAAGCACACCAGAGCUACGCAAGACCUGGUUGGAUAGCAUGGCGCGGAUCCACAACAAGAAUGGCGACCUUUCAGAGGCAGCCAUUUGCUACGUGCACGUUGCAGCUCUGGUUGCCGAGUACUUGUGGAGGAAAGGUGAGCUUACUGUUUGCUCCGAUAUUUUUAGAACCCCCCACAACACUGUGGAUUGCCCAAGUACAGCUUUGUUUCAUUCUCUUCAUUUGGAAGGAAUGUUGAAGCACGGAUGCUCAGCCUUUCGCGUCAUCACUCCAAAUAUUGACGAAGAAGCUGCCAUGAUGGAAGACGUAGGGAUGCAGGACGUACAUUUUAACGAGGAGGUUCUGAUGGAGCUUUUGGAGGAGUGUGCUGAUGGUCUUUGGAAUGCAGAGCGCUAUGAGCUCAUUGCUGAUAUCUACAGGCUCAUCAUUCCCAUACACGAAAAACGCAGAGAUUUUGAGAAACUGACACACGUGUACGAUACCCUCCAUCGUGCCUACACUAAAGUUUUGGAGGUGAUGCAUACCGGCAAACGUCUCCUGGGCACAUACUUCAGAGUGGCCUUUUUUGGACAGGGCUUCUUUGAGGAUGAAGAUGGCAAAGAAUACAUCUACAAGGAGCCAAAGUUCACACCUCUGUCAGAGAUUUCACAGAGGCUGGUGAAGCUCUACUCGUACAAGUUUGGUCAAGAGAAUGUCAAGAUUAUCCAGGACUCAGGAAAGGUAAACCCAAAAGACCUGGAUUCCAAGUACGCCUACAUACAGGUGACACAUGUCGUGCCAUACCUCGAUGACAAGGAGUUGGAGGAGAGGAAGACCGACUUUGAAAAAAGUCACAACAUCCGUCGCUUUGUGUUUGAGACGCCCUUUACGGUGUCAGGCAAGAAGCAGGGUGGCGUGGAGGAGCAGUGUAAACGACGGACCAUUCUCACCACCACCCACUGUUUUCCAUAUGUGAAGAAGCGAAUCGCUGUCAUGUACCAACAUCAGAGUGACCUCAGCCCCAUCGAGGUUGCUAUAGAUGAGAUGAGCGCAAAAGUGGCUGAACUGCGCUUGGUGUGCUCGGCCUCCGACGUGGACAUGAUCCGGCUACAGCUCAAACUGCAAGGCAGCGUUUGUGUUCAGGUCAACGCCGGUCCUCUUGCUUAUGCCAGAGCCUUCUUAGAUGACACGAGUGCCAAGAAAUAUCCAGACAAUAAGGUCAAACAGCUCAAAGAGGUCUUCAGGCAUUUUGCAGAGGCCUGCGGCCAGGCGCUGGAUAUAAAUGAGCGGUUGAUUAAAGAGGAUCAGCAGGAGUAUCAUGAUGAAAUGAAGGCCAACUACAGGGAUCUGACCCGGGAGCUGUCAAACAUUAUGCAUGAGCAGAUCAACUCAGUGAAUGAUGGCAUGAGGAGCUCUUUGUCAGACUCAAUGGGUAUCUUCAGUGCCAUUAGUGGCACACCCAACAGCUCUACCAUGUUCUGACAUUUCACAUCAAUCAUCAGGCUCUCUCAUCUUUGCAGUCAGUCACCUCUCCACUCAAGUCCGGAAAUAAAUUGCCGGUCCUAAUAACUGGCAUUUGUUAUUUCUUUCUGAUGCACUCCCCUGUUGUAAUCUGGAGGUGCUUGUCUUCUUGGUUCCCAUGGAGACAACAGUGAAUUGUUACUGACGUUUUGAAAUUUCCAUUGGCCAACAGUUGUGUUUAGCAGUCUACGAGUAUUGAUCACGUAGCUACAGUACAGACUGGAGAGCUUUCCCGCCUACAGCCAUACUUCCAUCUUGUAUAAUUUCUAUGGAGCAUGUAAUGCGUGCAACCUUUUUAGAUCCUCAUAGAAUUAUUAUUUUAGUGGGGGCAUUUUUUGCUUUGACUUGUGAUCAACAGAGCAUAUAACAAUACUCACAUUUAUAUAUUCUUCAUCCUCUAUGAAUAAUUUUACUGCAAUUUACUUAUUGAACAUCUCCAUGUAUAUUCAUAUGUCUGUAUUUUACUGCCAAGGACUUCACAUUAGAAGGAGCACCACAAUGUCCUAUGAAGUAAGAAAGUAGAGUUUUACAGCGUGCUAUCUGUCACUUAUUAAAAAUACAUUCCGAUUGUGCUAUGAUGUACACUGUGGUCACGUAACAACUUCUACUUGUGUCUCAAGCCACCAUUGUACCUUUUUUGUGUAGCGGACACGUGCAAUACCUAAACUGUAUAUCGUCACGGCACUCAACUGCUGUGAUCAUCACAACACGUGCGUGAUGGCUUGUCAUGGUCAAAUUGAUUUCUGUCUAGUUGAUGAUGCCUUCAAAUACUUUUCAGAUCAUGACAAUUCCCCAUUUGAGGCAUAAGGAUAUACUUUUGUUUUAAUUCAAAAAAAUAUUUUGUACCUCAAAUAAAGUGUUUUUUAAAUAAA